GGGAUGGCGGGGGGACGCAGAGGACUGGUGGCCCCUCAGAACACUUUCCUGGAGAAUAUAGUGCGCCGCUCCAACGACACCAAUUUUGUUUUGGGGAAUGCCCAGAUUGUGGAUUGGCCAAUUGUCUACAGUAAUGACGGAUUCUGCAAGCUGUCCGGUUACCAUCGUGCUGAAGUCAUGCAGAAGAGCAGCACAUGCAGCUUCAUGUACGGGGAACUUUCUGACAAAGAAACCAGCGAGAAACUCCGCCAGACCUUCGAGAACUACGAGAUGAACUCCUUUGAGUUAUUGAUGUACAAGAAGAACCGGAUGCCAGUGUGGUUCUUCGUCAAAAUCGCUCCCAUCCGAAACGAACAGGACAAAGUUGUGCUUUUUCUCUGCACCUUCAGCGACAUCACUGCCUUCAAGCAGCCCAUUGAAGACGACUCCUCCAAAGGUUGGGGGAAGUUUGCUCGCCUGACACGGGCGCUAACCAGCAGUCGUGGUGUUUUACAGCAGCUGGCACCGACUGUCCAACGCGGAGAAAACGUCCUCAAACACUCACGUCUGGCUGAGGUUUUGCAGCUGGGAUCAGACAUUCUCCCGCAGUACAAGCAAGAGGCUCCCAAAACGCCUCCGCACAUCAUCCUGCACUACUGCACCUUCAAGACCACCUGGGACUGGGUGAUCCUCAUCCUCACCUUCUACACCGCCAUCAUGGUGCCCUACAACGUGUCCUUUAAGACCAAGCAGAACAAUGUCACAUGGCUGGUGGUGGACAGCAUUGUGGAUGUGAUUUUCCUGGUGGACAUCGUGCUCAACUUCCACACCACCUUUGUUGGGCCGGCGGGAGAGGUGAUCUCAGACCCCAAACUGAUCCGCAUGAACUACGUCAAGACCUGGUUUGUGAUCGACCUGCUGUCCUGCCUGCCAUACGACGUCAUUAAUGCCUUCGAGAAUGUUGACGAGGGCAUCAGCAGUCUGUUCAGCUCCCUGAAGGUGGUCCGGUUGCUGCGUCUUGGCCGUGUGGCCCGUAAACUGGACCACUACAUUGAAUACGGCGCAGCGGUGCUGGUUUUACUGGUGUGUGUGUUUGGUCUGGCUGCUCACUGGCUGGCCUGCAUCUGGUACAGCAUCGGAGACUAUGAGGUUAUAGAUCAAGACGCCAACAUGGUGCGUACCGACAGCUGGCUGUAUCUGCUGGGUGAGGCUGUGGGUCAACCCUAUCACUUCAAUGCCAGCGGCUUAGGGAAGUGGGAAGGGGGUCCCAGUAAGGAUUCGGUCUACAUCACGUCUCUGUAUUUCACCAUGACCAGCCUGACCAGCAUUGGAUUUGGAAACAUCGCUCCCACCACCGACGGGGAAAAGAUCUUCGCCGUGGCCAUGAUGAUGAUUGGCUCUCUCCUUUACGCCACCAUCUUUGGUAAUGUAACCAACAUCUUCCAGCAAAUGUACGCCAACACCAACCGCUACCACGAGAUGUUAAACAGCGUGAGAGAUUUCCUGAAGCUCUACCAGGUUCCCAAAGGCCUCAGCGAGCGGGUCAUGGAUUAUAUCGUCUCCACGUGGUCCAUGUCCAGAGGAAUCGACACUGAUAAGGUUUUGCAAAUCUGCCCCAAAGACAUGCGAGCCGACAUCUGCGUUCACCUCAACAGGAAGGUGUUCAAAGAGCACCCUGCGUUUCGCCUGGCCAGCGACGGCUGUUUAAGAGCUCUCGCAAUGGAGUUUCAGACCAUCCACAGCGCGCCAGGAGACCUCAUAUACCACGCGGGUGAGAGCGUCGACAGCCUCUGCUUUGUGGUGUCAGGGUCUUUGGAGGUCAUCCAGGACGAUGAAGUUGUUGCAAUUUUGGGAAAGGGCGACGUGUUCGGCGACGUGUUCUGGAAGGAGGUGAAUUUGGCUCAAUCCUGUGCAAACGUGCGAGCGCUGACCUACUGCGACCUCCACAUCAUCAAACGGGACGCUUUACAGAAGGUGCUGGAGUUUUACACAGCCUUCGCCGGACACUUCUCACGCAAUCUGGUGCUCACCUACAACCUGAGGAAAAGGAUCGUCUUCCGCAAAAUCAGUGACGUAAAACGAGAGGAAGAGGAGAUGCUGCGGAGGAAGAACGAAGCUCCUCUGAAUCUCCCUCCAGAUCACCCUGUGCGGCGUCUUUUCCAGCGCUUUCGGCAGCAGAAAGAGGCUCGUCUGGCAGCGGAGAAGGCCAAUACGGAAGAGCAGGACGUGGAGAAAGGUAAAUCAGAGCAAACCAUGGUAAAAGAGAUCACCUCACCCACCAGCAUCGUCACCGUAACAGAGAAUCCAGCCACGCUGAAUACCUCUUCCCUAACCACACCAUCGUCCAAAACAUUAUGCAGAGCAAAACUGAACACUCCCCUAGCCCCGAAUACAGCACAAAAAUCAGUAGAAGCUCCCAAAAGUAAAGGCUGGAGUCGGUUUAAGGAAGCCACGGCCAAAUCUGACCUCUCCCUACAUUCUGUGACCAAAGCCGAGUCCAUGGAGGUGUUGCCGGACAGGACUAAAUCUCAAGAUGAGUUAUUAUCCCUGAAGAAGACAGACUCCUGCGACAGUGGGAUCACCAAGAGUGACCCGCGCCUGGACAAUAUGGGCAGUGCCGGGACCCCGCAGGAACGGAGCCCCAUUCAGCCUGAAGAAAAGCGCCUGUUUUACCCCAUCCCGGAGCACAGUCUGCAGACCUGCUUCUCGGAGCUGAGGCAGGAUCUGCAGGGGGAUAUCCACUCGCUGGGCUGCAGGAUGAGUGCACUCGAAAGACAGCUGGCCGAGAUGCUAAGACUGCUCACAGAGAGAAACUCCUCAGGACCUGCACAGCUGUACCACAUUUCAAGACCAAACUCGCCUGAUUCAGAAAAGGAUGACAAUAUAUCUUCAUAAUAUGUGUUUUAAUGGAAUUGUUCACCCAAAACACUAUCAUAUAGGAAUAUCCCAAUUCUACCAAUUGUUACAUCCCUACAAUAUGUAACUUCAGUGA